AUUCCACUUGUUGUACUAGAAAAGGCAGAGUCUUAUUUUAAGGAGUAUGAGAGAUUGCAAUGGCCUUGUAAAUAGCUAUAGGUACUAGUUUGGGCAAAAACAGAAUAGCUUCUUGUUUUUGUGAACUACAGUCGACACAAGUGUUUCCAACAUUCGGUUUGGGCCAAGAAUUUUCCUUUAGGUAUAUCCCAUAUUUAUAAUAUACAUACUGGAUAUUAUUAUUGGUUUCAAUUUAAAACAAAGUAACCAUUUACUCUAUACGAUGAAUAGGACUGAAUUUUAAUUUGAAUUUAGCAUAUAAAAAUGUAUCCCAAACCUUAACUGUGGUGGAUUUCUUAACUUUUUUUUUUUUUUUUUUUUUUUACAUAAUAUAUAGUUUGUUUUUAAUUUUUAUUUUAUUUUUUUUUUUUUUUUGAGGUUUUUAAUGUGUUCAGAUUUUAUGUAUGUUGUGAGGACUUUUACGUCGACCCUCCCCCCCUCAACUUUAUUGUAUAGUACUUUCUUGCCUUUUAUUUAUCAUGUUCUAUAUUGUGUUUUGUUGUAAAGCACUUUGAGGACCUCAGGUUUUUGUAAAGGGCUAUAUAAAUAAAUUUGAUUUUGAUUUUAAUUAUAAAAGUAAAGAACUGGUGGAAUUUUAACCAUGUAGAAAAUAUAUUUUUAAAAUUAUUAACCCUAUAAUGUACAAAUAUUUAACUCUUACAGGGCUAUCAUUUAACAUUGGCUAGACGUCCAAUCCAUUUUGACAAGGAGAGGUUAAUGAAAUUCUAAAUUAAACAUAUGUUGGGUAAAUUGAUUUCCAGGUAACUUUAAGGAAGAGGGAAAAAAAAAAUCUGCCUAAAUGAAUUGUUAUAAAACAAUGCAAACCGUCCACCAUGUGUGGUAUUAUUGCAAAUCUAACAUGUUUUUUCCCCCCCCACCAACCACCAGUGGUGUCGCCAUUUAACAAGAGAUGAACCACUUCCUCUGCGACAUUAAUCAACAUCCAAUCACAGUGCGUCAUCGUGAGGGAUUGACCAAUCAGAACUGAUGUUAACGCCUCUUUAUUGACAGCAAGUUUGCCCUGUCUUCGAACUGCCGGUUCGGCUUCAAUCGUGUUACCUCCAUUGAAAGUGUGGCAGACUCCAGGCUUGAUUCUCGCAUCUUAUCAGUCCUUAAAUGUAGCAUUCUUUGAACGUUACUUAUUACAAAGAAUUACGUAUUGUUCUCUGAACUGUCAAUCAUCUGGCGUCACCUUGUGUUCAUUUAUUUCCUCAAUGCCGGUAGUAGUCGUCGGGAACAGGAAGCCGUAGAAUGACCACAACCAACAUGGCCGCCGGAGGAGUCCACAUUUGCCGAGGAGGAAUGCGGUAGGCGGGGCCGCGAACCUUGUGUCAAACUUUGGGAAUGACAGGAGGAGUGCUGCAGGAUUCGCAAAGAAGGGAAAGUGUCGCCCUUGUUGCCGCUCCUUGGAUUACUUGGGACUUUUUCAUUUAAACGCCCGGCCUGUGGAGCCGACACUUUUCCUUCGACGGUGUCGAAUGGCAUAUACCUCAGCCAUGUCGGAGGACCUGACUUCCCAACCGUGGUCCAUCAACAAAGAUGACUACGAGCUACACGAGGUGAUUGGGAGCGGGGCCACAGCUGUGGUUCAAGCCGCCUACUGCACAACGCGCAAGGAGAAAGUGGCCAUCAAGCGUAUCAACCUAGAAAAGUGCCAGACCAGUAUGGAUGAACUGUUGAAAGAGAUCCAGGCAAUGAGCCAGUGCCAUCACCCCAACAUUGUGUCUUACUACACCUCAUUCGUGGUGAAGGAUGAACUGUGGCUAGUCAUGAAGCUGCUAAGUGGUGGCUCAGUGCUGGAUGUGAUCAAGCACAUCAUCUCGCGAGGCGAGCACAAAACUGGUGUCCUGGACCAGGCCAGUAUAGCCACUGUCUUAAAAGAUGUGCUUGAGGGACUCGAGUACCUGCACAAAAACGGACAGAUACACAGAGAUCUCAAAGCUGGGAACAUUCUUCUCGGGGAAGACGGUUCCGUGCAAAUCGCAGAUUUUGGCGUGAGUGCCUUCCUAGCCACAGGCGGCGACAUGACACGAAAUAAAGUGCGCAAGACUUUCGUCGGAACGCCGUGUUGGAUGGCGCCCGAAGUCAUGGAGCAGGUCAAAGGCUACGAUUUCAAAGCGGACAUCUGGAGUUUCGGCAUCACGGCUAUCGAGUUGGCCACCGGGGCGGCGCCGUAUCACAAAUACCCUCCCAUGAAGGUGCUGAUGUUGACGCUGCAAAAUGACCCGCCGGGCCUAGAAACCGGCGUCACCGACAAGGAGAUGGUAAAAAAGUAUGGCAAGUCCUUCAGGAAAAUGAUCUCCAUGUGUCUACAGAAAGAUCCUGAAAAAAGGCCAACGUCGUCGGAGUUGCUGAAGAAUAAAUUCUUCCAGAAAGCAAAGACCCACGACUAUCUCCUUGAUAAGCUUCUACAGAGGGCUCCUACAAUAUCAGAGAGGUCCAAAAAGGUACGUCGCGUCCCGGGUUCCAGCGGCCGUCUGCACAAAACGGAAGACGGCGAAUGGGAGUGGAGCGACGAUGAGCUAGACGAAGAGAGUGAAGAAGGCAAAGCGGCCGUGGCCGCCUUGAGGUCACCGAGAGUGAAGGAAGCGGCGCAAAACUCGGAGAUAUUUCAGACGCCUGAGCCUUCCAGCGUAGCGCCUUCCGCUACUGCUAGCGAAGCAGAACCGGCACCCACUGCCCCUAACCCUGCGCCACAGUCAACAGGCGGAGGAACCACCACCGCUACUGUUCCAACACCGGUCACUCCAGCGUCAAGCAACGAGACGUCGCCCAUAAGUUUGGUGUUACGGUUAAGAAAUACGAAAAAGGAGCUAAACGAUAUCCGCUUUGAGUUCAUGCCAGGCAGAGACACAGCAGACGGCGUGUCGCAGGAGUUGGUGUCAGCAGGGCUGGUGGAUGGGAGAGAUUUAGUCAUAGUUGCUGCAAAUUUGCAGAAAAUAGUUGAUGAGCCUCAAACCAACAAGAAUGUCACUUUUAAACUGGCUUCUGGAAUGGAAGGAUCAGAAAUACCAGAUGACGUCAAAUUGAUGGGCUUUGCGCAGCUCACCAUUAGCUAAACUGCUGUUUACUACUUUGGGACCGACUUGCCUAAAAGAUGUGAAAAUAAGAAAAAAAAACAUAGAAAUAUUCAUAGAGAUUAUUGCUUUUGUUCCCUAUGGCUGUUAAGAAAACCACUACUGCCAAAGAAAAGCAUCGAAGGGUCGCCCAACGGGCUGAAGUAUGACGUGAAUCACUCCAAAAACAAGAACUGACGUUUACAACUGAUUUUGUUUGACGGCCGCAAAGACCGUUUGGAUUCUUCUUUGGCUUUCCUUCCGUAUUUGACGCAUUUGCACAAUCUUAACUAACAGAACGUUUAACAAUGCCUUAUUUUCAGCAGACUACUGAAUGCGCUUUUUUUUUCGGGCUAUCAUGUACAACUUACGGUUUCAGUCGAUGUCACUCUCUACGACGGAGAAGUGACCCCCCAUAAAAGUUAUUAAUCAGUCACUUUUAAUGUAAGAAAACUUGUUCGGAAGUCUUUUUCUUUGUGUCAUAUUUAAAUUUUCUGCAAAUUAUUUAAUGAAGAAAUUUCGAGUCAUUGAGCUUGCAUCCCAAAAAGCAAUCUUUGCUGUGUGAAUUUUUUUUUUGUAUCUCUCAAAUCGUUAGCAUUGGUUCAUAUUCCUUCUUUUGACAGUUACAACACUGUUUAUCCGGAACUUGUAUGAUAACGUACGCUAGCUUUUGUUCGACGUUUAUUGUUGGCUAUUUAUCGGAAAUCCACGCGUGAAAUCUAGACGUUACCGAGAUGGUCAUGUGCUAACUGAAAAUCACGGUGAGAUAUUUAACAAAAUCAUCUUUUGAUAAAGAAACUGGACUUGCCGUUGUGCGAAAACCAAACCGACACCGCAAAUAUUCUAGCGUCGCCUCGACAUCUCGCGAUAACUCGGAAUUUAACGUCUCGUGUUAAAUUGACCGCUCACGCCAGCCGAAACCACACACACUUUGAACAGUUAGUUAGCCGGCGAAGGUGUUUUCACAGAAUCGUUACGAUUUAAGUGCAUUUUUUUUUUGUCUACCUAUAGAAACGCAAGUACUUGAUUGAACUAGUAUGUAAAUAAAAAGCAGGAUUUUGUUGUUUUUAUACCGGGGUGUUUCACGCUUGGCCUUUCGUCUGUCCCGACACGUUUUUUUGAGGGGCGGGGCUUUGAAGGAAGACGACUUGAGCGUUCUGAUCGUUCGCAGAUUGUCGCCUGAUAACGCAUUGGGAACUUUGCUGCCUUUUGUAAACAAAAAUGUGCGUAAAACUGAGCAUUUGUACGACAUUUAAUUCCGGUUUACCAAGUACCUGGAUGGUGAAUGUGCAUUAGUUAAUCAACCGGCCUUAUGUUUGGAAAAUGACCAAUCUGCACCUAUCUCACACGUCAAAGUUCCCAAUCGUAAAUGUUUGAUAUUUGUUCGAUAAGAUGUUUGUGUGAGUGAAUGCAAGUGCGUAUUUGUCUUAGCUCUUACAGGUUGGGUUAUCUGCCAAGAUAACCUUGUAUUGUUCAGGCAAUAAGUCAUUGGCUGCAACAUAGUCAUUUGAGUAAUCCUGAUCCACACUUUGGUUUGCUCUGUUUUAGUUCAGGAGUUCCGAGCAUGUCUUUUUAAUCAA